GACCCUCAGAAUCCAUCAUAAACACCUCAACAGAGAGCCUUCACCUUAUUAUUUGCACAGAAAUCUACAACACUAGCACCAGAGGCCAAGAGAUGCAGAUACUGGAUGAUGAGUAACACUGCAGAACAGCUAAGAGAAAGAGCAAGAGGAGUCCAGCGGGGCAAAGCACUGCCCCACUGUCCUGUUCCAUACUGCCACUGCCCUGUUGCAUGCUGUCCCCUCCCCAAGCAGCCAUGCUGUCCCAGAUGGAGCACACCAUGGAGACCCAUUUCACCCUCCACAAUUAUGCAGGGGACAAGAACCACCUGAGCAAGGAAGACCUGUGGGUGUUGAGAGAGAAGGAGUUGGCACUGGACAAGAUCUUCAUGGACUAGUGCCACAACAGCAAGGUUGGUUUCCAGAGCUUCAUCUUGCUAGUGGCCAGGCUCACCAUUACCUGCAAUGACUACUUGGUGGUGCACAGGAAGCAGAAAUGCAGGCAGUGAG